AUCACAUUCUCUUCUUUAUUUGUCUUGGUCAAAAGCAAGUUUGCAUAGCUUGCAAUUGGGUUCACAGCUAAGUCGAGAAGAAGACGACUAUCAAUACCCAACAGAUUAUCAAUAGAACGACCGCCCACAAUGUUCAACUUCAAGAACGUGGCCUUCGGCCUCAUCGGCGCUGCUGCCAUUGCCUCGGCGUCUGAUGUCCACGACCUCAAGACCGACACCUUCCCGGCUUUCAUUGCCGAGAACCCGCUUGUGCUUGCUGAGUUCUUUGCACCAUGGUGCGGACACUGCAAGGCUCUUGCACCAGAGUACGAGGAGGCCGCUACCUCCUUGAAGGAGAAGGAUAUCAAGCUGGUCAAGGUUGACUGCACAGAGGAGGCUGAGCUCUGCCAGUCCUACGGUGUUGAGGGUUACCCAACCCUCAAGGUCUUCCGCGGACCAGAGAGCGUUGCCCCAUACUCUGGCCCUCGCAAGGCUGAUGCGAUCACAUCUUACAUGAUCAAGCAAUCCCUACCAGCUGUGUCUGCUCUGGACACCGAGACUCUUGAGGAGUUCAAGACCGCCGAUAAGGUUGUCGUUGUUGCGUACGUUGAUGCCGAGGACAAGGCGUCUGCCGAGAUCUUCACCGCUAUUGCGGAGGCUCAGCGUGACAGCUUCCUCUUCGGUACCACCUCUGAUGCCGCCCUGGCCAAGGCCGAGGGUGUCACCGCCCCAGCCGUUGUCGUCUACAAGAAGUUCGACGAGGGCAAGAACACCUACACCGAGAAGUUCGUAUCCGAGGACAUUGAUACUUUCAUCAAGACCUCCGCCACCCCCCUUGUUGGUGAGGUCGGCCCAGAGACCUACGCCGGCUACAUGGAGGCCAAGAUCCCCCUUGCCUACAUCUUCGCCGAGACCCCUGAGGAGCGCACUGAGCUCGCUGAGCUCCUGAAGCCCCUUGCCGAGCAGUACAAGGGUGUCGUUAACUUCGCCACCAUUGACGCCAAGUCCUUCGGUGCCCACGCCGGUAACCUCAACCUGAAGGUUGACUCUUUCCCCGCAUUCGCCAUCCAGGAGGUCGCCAAGAACCAGAAGUUCCCCUUCGACCAGGAGAAGACCAUCACCCUCGCCGAUAUCACCACCUUCGUCAAGAGCUUCGUCGAUGGCAAGCUUGAGCCAAGCAUCAAGUCUGAGCCCAUCCCUGAGGUCCAGGAGGGUGUCACCGUUGUCGUUGCCCUGAACUACGAUGAGGUUGUCAUCAACAACGAGAAGGAUGUUCUCCUUGAGUUCUACGCCCCAUGGUGCGGUCACUGCAAGUCAUUGGCUCCCAAGUACGAUGAGCUUGCCGCCCUCUACGCCGCCGAUGCCGAUGUUUCCUCCAAGGUCACCAUCGCCAAGGUUGAUGCCACUGCCAACGACGUUCCCGAUGAGAUCCAGGGCUUCCCUACCAUCAAGCUCUUCCCCGCCGGCUCCAAGGAUGCCCCAAUCACCUACUCUGGAGCCCGUACCCUUGAGGACCUUGUUAAGUUUGUCGCCGAGAACGGCAAGUACAAGGCUUCCGUCGUUAUCCCAGAGCCAGUUGAGGAGGUUAAGGAGGCUGCCGAGGAGGCUGCUGAGGAGGCUGCUGAGGUUGUUGAGGAGGCCACUGAGGCCGUGAAGAGCAAGGCCGCCGAGGCAACUGAGGCCGUCAAGGAGGCUGCUGAGGAGCACGAUGAGUUGUAAGCGUGAUGGGGAAUGAAUCUUUUUAAUACCUGUAAUGUACAUAUGCCUUACGCUCGCGUGUGAACUUUGGAUUUGAGACGAAAGUAUGAUCUGCUACAAAAAUUGCAACGAAAUAAAUUAUACCUUGAC